AUGGCCUCUCUGGGCGAUGACUUGCUUAACACUGUAAAUAAGCUACAAGACCUGGUCUUUAAUACCAUCGGCAAUGAUUCUCUAGACCUGCCGCAGAUUGUUGUUGUCGGAUCGCAGUCUUCGGGCAAAUCCUCUGUUUUGGAAAACAUCGUUGGAAGGGACUUUCUACCACGAGGCAGCGGCAUCGUUACGAGAAGGCCUCUGAUUCUACAGCUGAUCAAUGUUCCUGCCGACGAAGACGAGCAAUCCGAGUCUGCAGUGCCGCAUACAGCUGAGGCAGUAGCUGAGCACGGCGAAUGGGCCGAGUUCCAUCACAUUCCUGGGCGCAAGUUCACAAACUUCAACCAGGUGCGGGCAGAGAUCGAGAACGAGACAGCCCGCAUAGCUGGCAACAACAAGGGCAUCAACCGACAGCCCAUCAACCUCAAGAUCUAUUCCUCGCAUGUCCUCAACCUCACCCUAGUCGAUCUGCCCGGCUUGACCAAAGUGCCGAUUGGCGACCAGCCCACCGACAUCGAGAAGCAGACCCGAACCCUCAUCUCUGAGUAUAUUGCGAAACCCAACUCCAUCAUUCUUGCCGUCUCUCCUGCAAAUGUCGAUAUCGUCAAUUCCGAGGCCCUGAAGCUCGCCCGACAUGUGGACCCUAUGGGCAGGAGAACCAUUGGCGUUCUUACAAAACUAGAUCUGAUGGACCACGGAACGAAUGCUCUCGAUAUUCUAUCCGGUCGCGUGUAUCCGCUCAAGCUUGGGUUUAUCGGGGUGGUUAAUCGGUCACAACAAGAUAUCCAGACCAACAAGCCCAUGUCCGAAGCUCUCAAGGCCGAAAGCGAUUUCUUCAAGCACCACCCAGCUUACAGAAAUAUCGCCAUCAGGUGUGGGACGCAAUACCUGGCCAAGACACUCAACCAGACUUUAAUGUCGCACAUUCGCGACAGGCUUCCUGAUAUCAAAGCCAGACUCAACACUCUGAUGGGCCAAACCCAGCAAGAAUUGGCUAGUUAUGGUAGUAAGCAAUUCAGCGGCAAGGAACAUAGAGGCUCUCUCAUCCUGCAGCUCAUGACCCGCUUCGCGACUUCGUUCACAUCUUCCAUCGACGGUACCUCAUCCGAUAUCUCCACCAAAGAGCUAUGUGGUGGUGCCAGAAUAUACUACAUUUUCAACUCGGUCUUUGGCAACUCUUUGGAAUCUAUCGACCCCACUCAGAACUUGUCCACGCUCGAUAUUCGCACCGCCAUUCGCAAUUCGACCGGCCCACGACCGUCACUGUUCGUCCCCGAACUCGCCUUUGAUCUGCUUGUUAAGCCUCAGAUCAAGCUACUAGAGAUCCCUAGUCAGCGUUGCGUCGAACUUGUGUACGAAGAACUCAUCAAGAUCUGCCACACUUGCGGCUCCACCGAACUUUCUCGCUUCCCUCGUCUUCAGGGUAAGUUGAUUGAGGUUGUUUCAGAGCUACUGCGCGAGCGCCUUGGUCCCGCUUCUUCUUACGUCGAAUCUCUGAUUGCCAUCCAACGCGCAUAUAUCAACACCAACCAUCCCAACUUCCUAGGUGCCGCCGCGGCUAUGUCGUCUGUCAUAACGGAUCGUAACGAAAAGGACAAAGCUAUGCAACGUGCCGAAGACAAGCGCCGACGAGAGAAGGCACGGAUGAAGCAGCUCGGCGUCAAUGGUGCUUCCACCCCGGACGUCAUCGAAGAGGAAGCCGAAGAGAAGAGCGCCAGCCUUACCGUUCGCGGCCAUUCUGCGAAAGCCAGCCGGAGCAUGUCACCGGCCGUUGGUAGACACGAGCGCGAGAAUGGAACCGUCGGUCCUCGUGACUCAUUCCUGAACUAUUUCUUUGGCAAGGAUGGUAACAUGCCCGGGUCUCCAUUGCCCCAGCCUUCGAAUAUGGCACCACGUCACGUCAGUCAAAACCUUGAGCCCAGCAUUACACAAAGCAUGCGGAGGCAAGAGCGAGCUAGCUUCUCGGAUGCUCGAAGCCAAACACAUCAUCGCGAGUACAGUCAAGAUGAUUUUGUGCGAGAGCCAGAAAACGGUGACACUGACACCCCCUUAUUCCCCGAGAACCCGACCGAACCCGCCCUUACCGAUCGCGAACAGUUGGAGACGGAGCUCAUCCGCCGCCUCAUUUCCAGCUACUUCAACAUUGUUCGCGAAACUACUGCCGACCAGGUACCAAAAGCCAUCAUGCAUUUGCUGGUCAAUCACAGCCGGGACGAAGUACAGAACCGGCUUGUGUCGGAGCUGUACAAGGAAGAAUUGUUCAAUGACCUGCUCUACGAGGAUGACGGCAUCAAGAAGGAGAGAGAGAAGUGUGAGAAACUCCUGGCCACGUACAAGGAGGCGGCCAAGAUCGUGGGCGAGGUGUUGUAA